AUGGCCCCUCACAAUCCAAACAAUCCUGUACCUCCAGCAACUGGGUUGAAGAAACCAAGAUAUAACUCAAGUCAAACAUUUAAGAUGUUAUCGGCAUGGGAUAAAAUUGAGGAGAAUUGGUGUAACAAAAAAUGUGAUUCACUUAGCUGUGCACUCAUCCAAAACAAAGCUCCAAGGCCAUCAACUAUCGGGCCCAAUACCUUGUCUGGGAAUUUGUUGAAUGAUGGGAUCAAGAUUGACUACCAAUCUCAGCAUCAAUUUGAACACAAUGACAAUGAUGACCCUCUGUCCGACAUGACAGAAUCCGACGCCAAAUCAGAUGACUCUCAGCAAUCAAUUGCUUCUAUUCCCAAACCAGGUCUUACAGUCACUGCGGCAAAUGGUGAUGUGAACCAACGGUGUUGUAUCCGAGAAGAGAGGCAGUGGCAGGAAGUGAUUGGCCCCAUGUUUAAAGUCUUUAUGGUUUGCAAACGAGUUGCUUUCAACUGGAGUUGGUCAGAUUGGGAUUUGGACAGAAAAGCUCAGUGCCAAUGUUCAGUGGCGAAGAAAAGGAUUCGGCACAUAGCUAUGGGGGAUAUAAUGAGUGAGUAA